UUUUUCAUAAGAACAUCUCUUGACUCUUCAAGCUUAUUUUUCUGAUCAUAGUAUCUGAAAGAACGAAAAUGCUGUGCUCUAAUGGCGUUAUUCGUAUCUCCCGUACUAUUCCUGUCAGUAAAUGGAUACAGGCUCGCGAAUCUUGCUCCAAGUUAUUUGUUGGAGGCCUAUCAUAUGAUACCAAUGAAACUGUCUUGAGGGAUGCAUUUGGACAGCAUGGUGAAAUUCUUGAAGUGAAUGUUAUUUGUGAUCAUGUGAAAGGAAAAUCAAAAGGUUAUGGAUUUGUGCGAUUCACUUCUGAAGCUGCUGCCAGUACAGCUCUAAAAGAGAUGCAUGGUAAGUUACUGGAUGGCAGAAAUGUUCGUGUCUACUAUGCACAUAAGGGCUAAUCUCAACAUCCAGGUAAUAUAUGCUAUUAUGUUUCUUGAUACUUACUCUGCUUAUUAUUGACUUUAUGAAUUAGAAAACUUCUAUUAUGCAGUUAGCAAGAGCAUCUGGUUCUUGUUGAGGCCACUCAGCCUACAAUAGUUGGAUUUCUCCCACCAGCAUCAUUUAGUAUGGAAGCAUGCUCACUGAAAUCUCUUAAAAUAAUUUCUGUUCUUCUUUCUUCAUUUACUGACUGUAAAAAAGGUUGAUUCUCAUUUCAUGCACGGUUAAAAACUACUGUUUAAAUGGUACCUGUUCCUGCCAAGUGAGCUAGCACAUUGCCACUGACAAUAGCAAUAUGUUAAAGUUAUUGACAUUUCAAAACAGAUUGACACUAUAAAAUGACGGCUCGAGUAAAUUGCCACAUUAACGGCCUCUAUUGGAACAUUACAGCAGUGGAGAACCAUAUCGAUGCAAGCAUUUAUCAAGAAAGGGCAUCAAUGCACACAUUCAUUGAGGAAGCAAAAUGAAUUUUCCAAAAAAAAAAAAAUGCAGCCAUCUGCCCAAACCCAAGGCCUACUGAAAAGUUAAUAGGCUGGGCUGCAAAUUUUUUUGUUAAAAAUUUGUCUCCCUUCUUCAAUGAAUGUGUGUAUGCACAAGAUGAUGGUUGUGAGUCCCCAGAACUAUUAGUGGCAAUCUGCUUAAGCUGUCAGCAAUACAUACCCCAUUAAUUUUUACUUAGCGUGAGCUUGAGCAUUAAUUUUGUAUUGUUUUGAUUAUUUUGGUUUGGUUUUAUAACCAGUCCAGUAUUAUCUCCUCUUAUUUUAGUAUGGUUCUCCUUCAUAAGUUCACAUUUUUGGUCCUCAAUAUAGUCUUGUCCAAGCCAGUUUGGAGUGAAUGACUAUCUCAAAUUUCAUGCUUGUAUUUACGAGGUAGGAUUCUCUGGUUGCACCCAAGUUACUGGAUUCUUUUAGGUGAAGGUCUUGAAGUAAUAUCUGUUUUUUUAUAGAAUCACAAGCUGCUCCCUUUUACAUAGGUACAAAGUUUGCAUGGUGGACUUCUUGCAACUCCAAUUCCAGGACAGGCUUAUAUCGAGUGUGUUUCGUACCAAGAAAUGGAAUCUGUAGCGAAGUUGCUUCCCGUGUGUAUUUGUAAAAGUGAUUGACGGGAACUCAAUACUCUUUCAGCAGGCAGGGAGUGACAAUUCGGCCUUGAAGAAAUAUGCAUAUCGUGAUCGACUUAUUGUAUGCUUAUCAGCAGUUCUUUAGAUUUGUCCCUGAUUCCAGGCUGAUUUGAGUAGAAAGACUGAGGUGGAAGCUGUUUGAUUUUACCACCAAAAAAAAAAAAAACAGUACUUUGGUGCUCUUAGUCCAGUUUCUCUGUCAUGGGACUAAAUUAUAAUAUUGACUUCUUUUUAACUGCUUCAACUCACUCUUGUCAAUGUAAAAGGAUUUGUUCA